UGCAUACAUACUGACCUUAUUAAGUAAUCUUCGCUACUAGCUCUACACCCCCUAGCUUGUAAUGUCUUUCGGCGAAGUUGUACACUACGUGACCCAGCCUACAGGCUGGCCUGAACAAGUGCGCGGUAUCGCUUCCUUGCUGUCACCGCCAUUCUACUGUCGAGACAGGCCAAGUGAUUGGCAUCCGGCCUGUCCGUCCUCAACGUUCUCAGAGCCACUCCCUCAACAUGAACCACCUGCACCGGGACCAUGGACUGCAAAGGAUUUUCAGAUCUUGAUUGACUCAACAGCUGCAGGGUUAACCGCACUUGCUGAGCUUCCUCGCUAUGGCGGCGAGAGAUCCACUGUCCCUUUCUGGUCUCAGCUUCUCCAUGCACUAGCAAAUACGCUAUCACCAGAUGUUCUUAUUCUCGAAGAUGCACCGUUCAUCAUGCCACGGGCUCAGAACGCGGCUAGUCAGCCUUCAAAUCUCAUUGACGGACAUGCGACUCUUCUUGCUGCUCAUGCCAUCUUUUCCGAACCGAGAACUUAUUCAGAUAUAUCGAUGACCAGUUCACUAAACGAGCAAGACGGUGAUGAAUCGAUUUAUUCUGCAGACUGCGACUCUUGCGAUGACGAUGACUCGGUUGAUUCACUCGACCUGCCAUUGCAAGCACAUAUGCUUCCGGGUCGAGGCAGGUGCCUUUCGGUCGUGAUUCCAGUCUUACUGGUCGCAGACUCUAGCAAUAUCGUUCCCCUACUUUGUAGCGCUCUUUACCAGAGACGCGUGUGGGGGAUUCGUCAGCCUGUGGUAGGUCUCUGCUGUUCCAGCACGGGUACGAUCGCCACGACCAUCUUCGGGUGGCUCGACUCCGAUCAGUCUGAGGAUGGCCGCAUGCCUACAGUUCACCUCGCUUUGGCAGCAGAUGUCCGCUCAGAUCCCUCGAUGGGGGUGUUUGAUUUCACUGAUACCCGUUCUGCUACAAGUCUUGCGCAAUUCGUUUUGGGGUUGCGGACUCAUUUUCACAAUAUCAAGGGCGCCACGUCGAUAGAAGCAGUCGAUUCUCUGACUCCGUUGGGCUGGAGAUCCGAUUUACCUGACUUUGAAACUCAGUUUGGGGCACGAUUGGACGAACGAGUGAUAUCCUGGACCCACCAGGUACACGUGCAGACGAGUUCUAGCGAGGCAUCAUCCUCACCUACUCCUCGUACUCCAUCCCCGCUCUUGGACACUGCGCUUGUAUCAUAUGAUACCAUGAGUUCUCCAUUGCUCCCUGCCAUCGUUGAGAAUGAACCAGUUGAUGGCGCAAAUAUCAGGUCACACCAAGAAACACGCGCGAAGAAUGUGAAAGGACGAGGAAGAGGGUCACGACCAUCAUCCUCGAGGAACUCUUUGAAGAGGACUAGUCCAUCGCCACAACCGCUGUCUGAGGUGAUGGGUUCGACCUCAUCGCGUGCACCCAGCGCAUGUUCAAACUCACGAUUAGCCGCUUUGGCUGAUAACGGCCUUGUAGACGGCCUAUCGAUGUCCAAUUGGCUGUUUGAACGCCAUGCGUUCACAGUCGGUCGUAUUCCAAUCCGCUCUAAGGAACUGGCAAGCGAGACCGGAAUCAACGCGAUGGUGAACAUAUAUGAUCAGAUGACGGCGUUCACCUGGUCGAACGAUAUUAAAACCAUACUCUCGGAUGCAGCGUUCGAUAGCUGCGUGUCAGACAUUAGAUCAGAACUUAUCGACACGAAUGGUGGUCCCGACCGUCAGCCCAGCACGAUCGAUGCUCCGUCUUUGAAAGAUGUCGAGUUUAUUGCACGCCGGAUCUCCAUGCUGUUACACGCUGUCAAAGGUGCCCGCAGCUGUGAUGAUGUCGCACAGUUGCACGGGGCCGACGAAGCUGAUCGGCGUCACGAGUGGGAUUCGUUACUCCUCAAUUUCUUUCAACCCGUUCCCAAGCAACGAGAUGUGUUGUUAGAGCGACAGUUGAACUUGACUCGUAAUCUCGUUGCCGAUGACGCUUCGUUUGAAACACGAGCUGUCGAGGUCGCUGAUGAAUACCAUGCCCUCUGUUAUGAGCAAUUUCGGUGUAUUCCUCUCACCGCGGAGACCUCUGGCAGAUUGAGGCAGGCCGCAGCAGGGAGAGAUCAAGCAAUCACAUUUGUUGAUGAUAUUAGGCAUCGCCACCUGGAGAAGGAUUUCGCUAAAGUUAUUGCAGAUCACUCCUCUAAGGAUCCAGUCACUGGAAUAUGUGAUGCUAUCCUCGUCAUUCCAUGUUCUGAUGUUGCUACUGCAAUGCUCAACUGCAUACCUAGUAUCGAAGAGCAGGAAACGCUUCUCAAAUCUUUUAUGCUAGUCCAGGGCCCAAAGCCAGACAAGCUCGACACUACUACGAGGGAAACUUCUCACCAGAUCGAAAAGACCCACAGCCGAAAGACCCCAUCCAACAGAUCACUUCAGGUUCCCUCCUCCUCUCACGUAUCGGAAUCCAAAACGAUCGAUCGAUCUCUGUUGCAUAACCCAUUCCUUCAUCAUCCCGACCGCAAUCAAGCAACUCAGAGAAAAGCAGCAAUACUUUCCAACGAUGCGUCCUUCGAUGGAGCUAGUCGACAGGACCUACUACUGCCAGUAUUACUGGCCGAAUAUAAGAAGAGAGACGAGUCCGCGAUUUCGACAGCCAUGAACCAGACCAAAACGUAUCUGGUUUCGGCGGUCACCUUCCUUUCUGAGCUCGGCAUUACUGACCAACCUGUCUUCGGACUAGUCGUCAAUGGCUCACUUGGCGCCAUCACGAUGGCAUGGAAAACCAACAAUCAAAUUUACAUCAUGGAACGUAAUGUCCGACACUACGAGAUCACAGACCCUCUUCAGGCACUACAAUUUGUGUCUAUUCUACCUCGCCUCGCGCGUCACGGCCUGGGACUUCGCCACCUAUUAGAAAAGCAACUUGCGGGAAUAGAUGUAAGUCAAUUUCAAUCUAAGCCGUGGUCCAAGUUGUCCCAACGGCUGGAGGACGAGAUAUUGGCGGCAGAUAAGGGACCAGAUUCGGAGUUAGAGCAAGCGGUCGCACAAGAUGAUAGAUGAGGCGGCGCGGAGAGGAAAUAGAGAUUGCAAUAUGUACGGCACAAGUAGAACAUGAUAGCCCUGUUUGUUUUACCCAUUUGUAAUAUUAUACCAAUGUUUUCGUGCACACUUAAAAAUAUCUGUUGGC